UGGAAAGCUGCCCCAUUCAUCCAUUCAUUCCUUUUGAACUGUGGGCUCUGACCAGAAUCAGGGAUCUGUAUCUAUUCGAGGUAGUACUGGAUCCCUGAACCUGAGAAGAAUUUUUUGGCCAUCUCUGAAGUACUGCCAGCAGUAUACUAAGCUAAGUGUAUUCUCCUUUCGAGACUGACUUCUGCAAGAUGCCCAAAGCUAUUUAUAUAUGUUUUCCAAUAUGAAGUCCUUCUCAGUAAAGCCGUUGAUAAGGUCGUGCUUCCCUGUGAGGAAACAUGUUUUGUGGUCAGCCUACUGAAAAGGAUUUCCCAACGUUUCUUCUCACGUGGGUUGCCUCUCUCCUGAGGUGUCCAGGGGCCUCCCGUUUCCUGUUCUCCGUGGGCUCAGCUGUUGCCUAAGUGGCCUCUGUCUUGUCAGUCUGCACAUUUGAAGAAAGAGGAACUUUCUUUGUGUUGACACCAUGGAAAGGCCUCUGUACAGUGAAUUUUUGUUUGUCUCUUGAACUAAAUUUGCUUGUUGCUUUCCGUUGUGCUUUUGAGUUGAGCACAGCAUGGCUUUUGAAACUUGAGGCUUGCCCUCACUUGCCUACAUAAACCCACUGUAAUCCCUGAGAAGAAAGUGUGAUUACUCUGGGAUUUUAAAAAAGAAGAACUCGUACAAGAAAGAGACAGCCUCCCCUGGGAGCAGAGUCACGCUUACUUACUGCCCCUUAUACAGGUUUUGGUUCCCUAAGCUUAAGUUUCCACUCCUGUAAAGCAGCUCAUUCCAUGAGAAAGUGUUACCUGGUCCUCUGUGCAUUGCCCUGGAGUCAUGGGGACCCAGGUAGCCAGGGCAAGAAAAUGCUAAUAUUAGGGCUACUACUACAGCUAUGAGACAUCAGCUCCUGUGUUUCUGGGAGAGGGAAGAGCCUGGUCAUUUACAGGAGAGUGGAACUCCUUGGGCACCUUUCAAUACUAUUUUCAUCGCCCUGAGGCCUGAUUAAAGACUGCUACCUGACAUCCAGCUCUGGAGGACCUGGAGGUUUGGAGACUUCCUGGAAAACGGAGCUCUAGGUUUCCCUGGUUUUCCUGAAGAAUCGGUGCCUGUCUGGUGUCUGAAAGGCUCGUUUGAGUGGGGCUUUGCUUACGACCUGUGGUGGCUGGCCAGGCUCUUGCUGAGCCGGCGGUUUGGGAUUUGUGUGGCAAAGGGCAAGGCUACCGCCUUGUGCUCAGCUUCCUGCUUUCAGUGUCUGCCCCCUGGGGCUGAGACACCCAGCCUGUCCCCAAGCUGAAGCUGCAGGGUGCUGAGGUACCAGCUAGAUGUCUUCUCACAAAGGACCGGUGGUGGCACAGGGCAAUGGGGCUCCUGCCAGUAACCGGGAGACUGACACGGUGGAGCUGGCGGAACUGGGACCCCUGCUGGAAGAGAAGGGCAAACGCGGGAUCGCUGACCCAGCCAAAGCUGAAGAAGAGCAAGCAUGCCCAGUGCCCCAGGAGGAGGAGGAGGAGGUGAGGGUCCUGACACUUCCCCUGCAAGCACACCAUGCCAUGGAGAAGAUGGAGGAGUUCGUGUAUAAGGUCUGGGAGGGACGCUGGAGGGUCAUCCCGUACGAUGUGCUCCCUGACUGGCUGAAAGACAACGAUUACCUGCUCCACGGCCACAGGCCGCCCAUGCCCUCCUUCCGGGCUUGCUUCCGGAGCAUCUUCCGCAUCCACACAGAGACCGGCAAUAUCUGGACCCAUCUGCUUGGUUUUGUGCUGUUUCUCUUCCUGGGAAUCUUGACCAUGCUGAGACCAAACAUGUACUUCAUGGCGCCCCUGCAGGAGAAGGUGGUGUUCGGCAUGUUCUUCCUGGGCGCAGUGCUCUGCCUCAGCUUCUCCUGGCUCUUUCACACUGUCUACUGUCACUCAGAGAAAGUCUCUCGGACUUUUUCCAAACUGGACUAUUCAGGGAUUGCCCUGCUGAUUAUGGGGAGCUUUGUCCCAUGGCUCUAUUACUCCUUCUACUGCUCCCCACAGCCACGGCUCAUCUACCUCUCCAUCAUCUGUGUCCUGGGCAUUUCCGCCAUCAUUGUGGCACAGUGGGACCGGUUUGCCACUCCUAAGCACCGGCAGACAAGAGCAGGGGUGUUCCUGGGCCUGGGUCUGAGUGGCGUCGUGCCCACCAUGCACUUUACCAUCGCCGAGGGCUUCGUCAAGGCCACCACCGUGGGCCAGAUGGGCUGGUUCUUCCUCAUGGCUGUGAUGUACAUCACCGGGGCUGGCCUCUAUGCGGCUCGAAUUCCUGAGCGCUUCUUUCCUGGAAAGUUUGACAUAUGGUUCCAGUCACAUCAGAUUUUUCAUGUCCUGGUGGUGGCAGCAGCCUUCGUCCACUUCUAUGGGGUCUCCAACCUUCAGGAAUUCCGCUACGGCUUGGAAGGCGGCUGUACCGAUGACUCUCUUCUCUGAGCCUCCCACUCAAGGCUGGAGGGGAACUUCCCAAGUGCUUUCAAAAAUAACUUCCUUGCUGAAGUGAAAGGAAGCGUCUGAGUUGUCUGUUUCUAGAAGAAACCUCUUAGAGAAUUCAGUGCCAGCCAGGCUUCAGCCCACCUUCCCGCCUCAGGGCGGGGGGAUAAGCUUUCCAUGUCCCUCGCGGAGGAGGGGUGGUCCACUGGCCACGCCCCUCCUCAGCAAGGCAGCUCUGUCCCCUUGGCACAGAGCGUUCUGAAGCUCACGUUGAGAUUUUAUCCCUCCUCCAACCAUUUUGGGAAAAAAUGAUGGACUGGGACUCUUCAGAAAUUCUAUUUCUGGAAGAAAAUGUCCCUCCCUUACCCCCGUCCUUACUUUGUAACCUGGCUUGGAACAGGCCAUCCAUUUUGUAGCACACUUUUCAGAAACGAUCGUAGCUGGUCCGUCUCGGGCCUGGAUCUGAUGACAGCAGGAAGAAGGCACCAACUUUGAGGCAGCAGCUAAUCAUGGAAGUGUGUCCAGGCUUCAGAUAACUUGAGUUUUAAUUUUUUUCUUGGCAGAGUAAUGUAAAAUUAAAAUGGGGAGAGAUAUUUAAUAUUUAAUACUAAGCUUUAAAAGGAAAUUUGCUAUCAUUGCUGUGUAUCCUGAUGCAAAGGCUAUGAUGAUAAUAAAAGGAAGUGCAGAAGACAAUUAGCAUUCAAAUAUUUAA